UAGACCUGAACUUCCGUGUGAGGCAGGAAGUACAGACGAGUGUCAGUGACUAACAUUCAGCGCUACAGCUCAGCACUGCAUAUCAGUUGGGUGGUGUCCACCGUUAAACAGGAAAGAGAGGCAUUUUACUCAAAACGUAUUUAUGACCCCAUCACCUACUUAUUGAAGCUGCCAGAUUAGCCAAGAUGGAUGACAUUGACGCCAUGUUCAGCGAUAUGCUGCAGGAGAUGGAUCUCCUAACGCAGAGUUUGGAUGCAGAAGUAGAUUCUGCACCUAUGGCCAAACCUCCCACCAUUCCUGAACCUCAGGAAAUGAACUUUUCUAUCGGUUUCGCCAAUUUUAAUGAAUCCCUAAACGAUCUGGAAGACAAUGACUUAGACGCCUUGAUGGCUGAUCUUGUGGCAGAUAUAAGUGCCACGGAGGAAAAGUUCGCCACAGAAAGAGACACGUCAAAGGGGUCAGUUCCAGUUGCCCCAGCACCCUCACAGCCUCAAAGUAACUUUAGCCUCCCAGCAUCAUUUGACAGCUCUAAACCCGCAACUUCCUCCAACUCCAUCGCAGCUCCACCUCCACCACCCGCAUCUAAACCUUCAAAAGAGGAAGAAGAGGAACAGCUUAAGGCAGAUAAAAUCAAGCUCGCUUUGGAAAAGCUAAAGGAGGCCAAAGUAAAAAAGCUGGUCGUGAAAGUGGAGAUUACAGAUGGCAGCUCAAAGACUCUGAUGGUGGAUGAGAGACAAACAGUUAGAGACGUGAUGGACAACCUCUUUGAGAAGACACACUGUGACUGCAAUGUGGACUGGAGUGUGUGUGAGACCAACCCUGACUUACAGACUGAGCGGGCCUUCGAGGACCACGAGAAUCUAGUGGAGCCUCUGUCUACAUGGACAAGGGACACUGAAAACAAAGUGCUUUUCCAGGAGAAAAAAAACAAGUACGAAGUGUUCAAAAACCCUCAGAUCUUUUAUUUGUGGAAAAAGGAUAAGAAAUCUCUAAAGGACAUGAAAGAAAAAGACAAAGAACAACUUCUGGAGGAGAAUUUCUGUGGAGCCUCGGUCAUUGUGCCUGACCUGGAGGGCAUUCUGUAUCUGAAGGAGGAUGGCAAAAAAUCCUGGAAACAGCGCUACUUUCUUCUGAGGGCCUCGGGGUUGUAUUAUUCACCCAAAGGCAAGACCAAGGCUUCACGGGAUCUGGUGUGCUUGGUGCAGUUUGACAAUGUGAACGUCUACUACUGCAAAGAAUAUAGAAACAAAUACAAAGCACCAACAGACCACUGCUUUAUGCUCAAGCAUCCUCAGAUUCAAAAAGAAUCACAAUACAUCAAGUAUAUGUGCUGUGAUGACGAGUGGUCCAUGAAUCUGUGGGUUACAGGGAUACGUGUUGCCAAGUACGGAAAGCAGUUAUAUGACAACUACAAGGCUGCAGUGAGGAAAGCAUCAGGCUCUGCAUCCUGGGCUAACCGCACUAUCCAGGCCUCCUCCACUGCAUCAACACCCUCCCCUACACCUAAAGCCAAAGCUGCAAACGGACAUGCUCCUCAGCCUCCAGUGGAAAACAAGGUUCCAUCCAACCAGCCAUCAUUACCACCACCUCCACCUUCAAUGGAUUUCCUGCCUCCUCCACCACCCGACCCAAUGUUGCCUCCUCCUCCGCCUGCACCGCCAGCACCUCCUGUUCCAGUCAGCACAACCAAAGUCAACAAGUUUCCUCCUCCACCUAAAUUCCCACAAUCCUCCUUCCCUCCACCGCCGAUGGAUGAUCUUCCUCCUCCAUCACCUCCUCCAGAAAGUGUCGAUCUGCCCCCUGACUUUCUGCCUCCACCACCACCUAGUUUUGUGUCUUAUGGUGGAGAAUCACUCCCACCACCACCUCCAGAUCCCAUUGCCUCACUUCCUCCACCUCCUCCUGCUUUUACAUCUGCAGGCGGAGCACCACCGCCACCUCCACCCCCGCCUCCACCACCAGCUCCAGCACCGGCCGCCAACAAUCCAGCCGGCAGCGUCAGAAAAGUGGCUCCGCCUCCACCUAAGAGGACUACACCUCAACUAACAGCGCCCUCAGGUGGCGACUUCAUGUCAGAACUCAUGAAUGCCAUGCAGAAAAAGCGCACUCAACCAUGAACCUGAGGGUUAUGGAAUGGACCAUUGUUUUGGUGUGACAUUAAAACACACCGCUUUAAUUCUGUUGUUUAAAAUGUCUGCAUUACAUCCCUAAAAACAUGUAUAUGUAAAUACUCAUGCAACUAAUCAUAUUAAGGCCUGUAUUAUACACUUACCGGCCACUUUAUUAGGUACGCCUGUCCAACUCUUUGUUAACGCAAAUUUCUAAUCAGCCAAUCAUAUGGCAGCAACUCAAUGCAUUUAGGAAUGUAGACAUGGUCAAGGCAAUCUGCUGCAGUUCAAACCGAGCAUCAGAAUGAGGAAGAAAUGUGAUUUAAGUGACUUUGAAUGUGGCAUGGUUGUUGGUGCCAGACAGGCUGGUCUGAGUAUUUCAGAAACUACUGGUUUCUUGAACAUGACAAUGAGUUCACUGCACACAAAUGGCCUCCACAGUCACCAGAUCUCAAUCCAAUAGAGCACAUUUGGAAUGUGGUGGAACGGAAGAUUGGCAUGAUGGAUGUACAGCAGACAAAUCUCCAGCAACUGUGAUGCUAUCAUGCCAAUAUGGCAAUAGUAUCUGGAUGCAGCCUUUAUGAUGCAAGCUAAGAUUGCAUCACUCAGCGAUGCAAUGUCAGACCAAUGCACUCAAAUGGAGUGAGUGACGUUUAUGGAUAUUGGGUAGUAUUAUGGAUGGGGUUAGGUGAGCCCACUAAAAAGCAUCGGAUGCAGCUCAGAUUGCACUGUACCAGGUCUGCAUCCAGACCCCUCUCCAAUAUGGACCAAAUCUAUAAGUAAUAUUUCCAGUACCUUGUUGAAGCUAUGUCACGAAGGAUGAAAGCAGUUCUGAAGGCAAAAGGGGGUCCAACGCGGUACUAGUAAGGUGUACCUAAUAAAGUGGCCGGUGAGUGUAUAUUGAGAUAAAAUAGAUUUAGCGAUUCAGCUUAGUGACUGCUAUUAAAUAUCGCAGUUUCAGAGCUAAAAGAGCUAAGCCCUACUACAGUAGUUCAAAAAAAGUGUUUCAGUGUCUCAAAAUGGCUGACUGUCAAUCAAUCAAACAUCCGAUUUUAAAUGCAUUGUUGUCAAUCUGACGUUAAAAAGAGGUGUAAAUGAGGUGUAAUAUAAUUAUAUUGUACCAAAAUAUAUGUAUUACUAUUAAAAUCAAGGUUGCUUUUUUGGUGACAAA